AUGCUGCAUCACAAGGACAGUAACUUUGAGGAAAGGCGAGAAUGCCGGUCAGCAGCCCCUCUUCCGCACCCCCCUGGGCAAGGCACCGCGGCACUUGACGCUGCUCGCCCUGAGACAAGUUUCCAGCUUGUCCAGAUUCCUGGCGGCACGGUGCUUCGUCUCUCUUUCUUUUUCUCUGUCCUGCUCGUUCCCUACCUUAGGCGAGUUAAUUCAACGACACAGACAAUUCCAGGACUGGCAGCAAUAGCAACCAGAUUAAGAAAAAGAAGGGGGAAGGGGGAACGAGCAGAAUAUGCGGUCGCGGGGCGGCUGUCUUAUGACACAAAGACUCGGGAUCGGGCGAUGGAUGUCGUUUAUGUGCGAUGGCAUGCGGCGGGGCACCAAAAGGUAGCAGAGGCGGUGGCAGGGAGAGCAACUCUAUCAGAAGCAGCACCUGCAUCAGGGAUAGCAGCUACAUCAGAGAUUGCAGCUACCAAGCGGACGUGGAAGGUGACCAUACAGGCAAACAACGCGGCCAUCACCACCACCAUCACAGACCCGUUCCUCGAAGCAGAAUACAAUGUGUUUGAAGACUAUCUUCGGAAUUCGGACCAGCAGCAUUGGAGUUUGCAGAAGGAGCUUGAAGAUGGCACAGACAACAUGUCCCGUGCGGAUGCGGAAGAUCAGAUGAAGAUGUAUGGGCAGACGUUGCUUGGUCAGAUGGGCCUCUUGAAGCCCGGAAUGCUGCGUGAGGGCGUUGCCGAAGUGCAGCUUGUCAUUGCCGAGCAUCAUGAUAAUGCUUCCGAGCAAGUGCCUGGAGGCAUCCACUGCCUCGCAUGGGAACUCGUCGAAUUUGCCAAAUUUCCCCUGGCAGGCUUGCGUUUGAGGGUGACAAGAGUGAGCGACUUUGCUAACCGACCACCUCGGCCUCCAGGGCCACCGCGAUCGCUAUCGAGCGUGCAAGCCAGCGUGAACGGAUUCUUUCACGUGCUUUUGGUGAUUGCCCGAGACUUUAGUCGCAGGGGUGCUGCUCGUGACCCUGAGCCCGAUCUUGCGCAGUGGCCGCUGAUGAGUGUGCAGAAGAAGCUGAAAAGCCGACUGCUGCUGGAAGUGGUGCGGCCGGGUAGCAUAGAGGAGCUGGAUGAGCAUCUGAGGGUGAGGGCAGGGCACGGAGUGCUGUUCAAUCUAGUGCACUUUGACCUUCACGGAAGGAUUACGCAUGACGAGCAUGGCAAACAAGUUCCCGGACUUUUAUUUGCCACAGGCUAUCAGGCAACCAGCCCGCAUCGAAAUCCAGUGCCGCCAACGCAGCUCGCCAGAGCAGCGGAUGUUGCCAAAGUGCUGGCAGAAUAUCGUGUUGAAAACGUGGUCCUUAAUGCGUGCCUCUCAGCAUACAACCGAACGGGAUCGACGACGAAUCUGGCCCAUAUAUUCCUUGAGCAUGGCAUUCUCAACGUGUCGGCCAUGUGGUUUUAUGUGCAUUGGAAAACGGUGACGACCUAUCUUGAGGCCUUUUACAACGAACUUCUCAUCAAGGGCACAGAUUUCCACCUGGCCGCACAGAGAGGCCGAGAUGCCAUCCGGAAGAACCCUACAUGCAGGACGGGAAGGGCGUAUAAAGACUACUUUCUGUGUGUCAAUUACACAAGAAGCUUUAGCAGGCCGGGUGCGAUCCAAAGAGAGCCCAGCCCGACGCCGUCCAUGCACUCGGCAGGUUCGUCGACGUCCAACACAUCGAUGAAGAGCUUCAUGAGCGGAAAGUGGCGAAAGUCACCUCGGCUCAGUGACGGCUUUCUUGUUGCAGACGAGCCCAUUAUGCAUUUGGAGCUCCACCUGCUGGAGCUGGAGUACAAGCUCAUGACCUCUCGGGUUGUGUAUGCGAGCGACCUACGCAAGGCCUCGGACUCGGACCUGAAUGUGACCAUUGAGAGAAUGGUGAGCAUGUGGCUGAACACAAACCUGAUUGACGAAGUCUUCUAUUACAAGGCCAAAGAUUUCGCCAAAUCCAGGUUUCUAGCAAGCACGUUUUCGCACCGAGAGAAGCGAACGCGGGCAUCCAACGGAGGCUAUCUGCAGUUGCUCUCCCCGCGGCCGGUACGGGCUCUCCGGCAAACGCUGCACAUCAUCCGGGAUGUGGACCCGGUGAUGGACCCCGGCACGCAGGCCGAUCCGCUGGAGAACCAGCGGAACGAGGAACGGCGCGCCCUGGUGGAAGAGGGCCUGCUGCGGUUCGCGGAGAAGCUGCACGAAGAGGCGCACAGCUACAUGCUGUUCAUUGGCGGCCGAGAUGCCGCGUGGUGGCGUGAGCACCUACAACACCUGAGCGGCGAGUGGUGGUUGAACAUGGCGUGGAAGUAUACGGUGCAUAGUCGAUAUGUAAGGGAUGUGACGCUGCUGGCGGGAAAUCGAAGGCCGGUCCCGCGAACUAUGCAGUGA